UUAGUCUUUAAGAAAUUCUCUACGUAAGUGGGUAGCAGAUAUCAUGGCUGCCUCUCCUAAAGAUGAGAUGGAAUAUGACGAGGACCUGGGACCCAUUUCUGAAGAAUGUACAACUGCUAUUAACAAUGUAAUACCUUACCAGAUGUUUGUCAGUGAUGUGUACUUAUUCAUGGCCUGCUCUUACAAUGAAGAGGAGGAAAUACCUAAUUUUGUUGUGUUCUUUGAGGACCAGGCUGAAGUAAGGAGGUACCAAGCAAAACGAUUCCUAAGAUAUCUAAGAAACCGGAAGAGUCUUAUCUGCCUUCCAGUUAUUCAGAUGCCUGAUGUAGAUCAAUGGGAAAACGAUGAACAAGCCCUUAAAUCUGCUCUGAAGGUAGAAAUUGAAUUCACAAAGAUCCUGGAAGACCUGCAGACUGCGGCUUCUGAGGCUGUAGAUACCCAUCUCUUAACAUUUGUGGAAGGCUACCUGACUAGACAGCAAAGGAACAUAACUUAUCUGCAACGUGAAAUCACUUAUCAGAAGCAAUUAGAAGAGAUGAGGGAGCAGGAGAGGCAGGAGCAGGAGAGGCAGGAGCAGGAGAGGCAGGAGCAGGAGAGGCAGGAGCAGGAGAGGCAGGAGCAGGAGAGGCAGGAGCAGGAGAGGCAGGAGCAGGAGAGGCAGGAGCAGGAGAGGAAGGAGCAGGCGCAGGAGAGGAAGGAGCAGAAGCAGGCGCAGGAGAUGCAGGAGGUGGAGGAGCAGAAGCAGGCGCAGGAGAUGCAGGAGGUGGAGGAGCAGAAGCAGGAGCAGGAGAUGCAGGAGGUGGAGGAGCAGGAGCAGGAGCAGGAGAUGCAGGAGGUGGAGGAGCAGGAGCAGGAGCAGGAGAUGCAGGAGGUGGAGGAGCAGGAGCAGGAGCAGGAGGUGCAGGAGAUGGAGGAGCAGAAGCAGGAGCAGGAGCAGGAGGUGCAGGAGAUGGAGGAGCAGAAGCAGGAGCAGGAGGUGCAGGAGAUGGAGGAGCAGAAGCAGGAGCAGGAGCAGGAGGUGCAGGAGAUGGAGGAGCAGAAGCAGGAGCAGGAGCAGGAGGUGCAGGAGAUGGAGGAGCAGAAGCAGGAGCAGGAGCAGGAGGUGCAGGAGAUGGAGGAGCAGAAGCAGGAGCAGGAGCAGGAGGUGCAGGAGAUGGAGGAGCAGAAGCAGGAGCAGGAGAUGGAGGAGCAGGAGAUGAAGGAGCAGAAGCAGGAGCAGGAGAUGGAGGAGCAGGAGAUGAAGGAGGAGGGGAUGAAGCAGCAGGAGCAACAGGAGCAGGAACGGGAAAUGAAGGAGCUGGAGCAGGAGCAGCAAGAGCAGAAGAUGCAGGAGCAGGAGCAGGAGAGGAAGGAGCAGCAGGAAAGCUCUGGAAAGCCUGCUGGGGCUCUGGCAUGAGCAUCGCUGAAGAGACUUAACUUCCGAGGGCAGCAUUAGACAUGUUCCCAUUGAAACUGGUAUCAACAUUGCAUAUUUAAAAAGCAAUCAUUUCCACCUGCCCCCAAACUGUUUUCUUUUCUACUUUCCUAACGUUCACUGCUGUGUGUGAAAAUAAAGCUGUUUUGCAUGAUAA